AUGACGUGGGACGCCGCGCCGGGCCACAGCGACCUCAAUGAGCUGCUCUACAAGACGCAGGGGGUCUACAGCGCCGCCGUGCUCUUCUCGCUCACCGUGAGCCUGGACGACAGGAACACCUCGCGCUACGUCAUCCGGAUUGACCAGGAUGGGCUGACGCUGCCUGAACGGACCCUGUAUCUGGGGCAGGAUGAGGAAAGCGAGAAGAUCCUGGCUGCGUACCGGGUGUUCAUGGAGAAGCUGCUCACCCUCCUGGGGGCUGAGCAUGUGGAGCAGAAGGCCCAGGAGAUCCUGCAGCUGGAGCAGCACCUCGCCAACAUCACCGUGUCAGAGUACGAUGACGUGCGGAGGGACGUCAGCACCAUGUACCACAAAGUGACCCUGGGCGAGCUGCAGCGCAUCACCCCCACUCUCAAGUGGAAGCGCUUGCUGGACCGCAUCUUCCACGACAACUUCUCGGAGGACGAGGAGGUGGUGCUGCUGGCCACCGACUACAUGCACAAGGUGUCCGACCUCAUCCGCGUGACACCCAGCAGGAUCCUGCACAACUACAUGCUGUGGCGCAUCGUGGUGGUGCUGAGUGAGCACCUCUCAACACCCUUCCGCGACGCCAUCCAUGAGCUCUCCAAGGAGAUGGAGGGCAACGAGAAGCAGCUCGAGCGGGGAAAGAUCUGCCUGAGCCAGGCCAAUAAGCACUUUGGCAUGGCCCUGGGUGCCCUCUUCGUCGAGGAGUACUUCUCCUCUGCCAGCAAGGCCAAGGUGCAGCAGCUGGUGGAGGACAUCAAGUACAUCCUGGACCAGCGCCUGGAUGAGCUGGACUGGAUGGAUGAAGAGACCCGCAGAGCAGCCAGGGCCAAGCUGCAGUACAUGAUGGUGAUGAUCGGCUACCCGGAUUUCCUGCUAACACCGGAGGCCAUCGACAAGGAGUAUGAGUUCGAGGUGGAUGAGAAGACCUAUUUCAAGAACAUCCUGAACAGCAUCGCCUUCAGCAUCAGGCUCUCGGUGAAGAAGAUCCGGCAGGAGGUGGACAAAUCUGCGUGGCUGCUGCCCCCCCAGGCUCUGAACGCCUACUACCUGCCCAACAAGAACCAGAUGGUAUUCCCUGCCGGCAUCCUACAGCCGACCCUCUACGAUCCCGAAUUCCCGCAAUCUCUGAACUAUGGUGGGAUCGGCACCAUCAUCGGGCAUGAGCUGACCCACGGCUACGACGACUGGGGGGGACAGUACGACCGGCAUGGGAACCUGGUGCACUGGUGGACAGACACGUCAUACAGCAAGUUCCUGAAGAAGGCCCAGUGCAUCGUCAACCUCUACGACAACUUCACUGUCUACAACCAGCGGGUGAAUGGCAAACACACCCUGGGGGAGAACAUCGCCGACAUGGGGGGGCUCAAGCUCGCCUACUACGCCUACCAGAAGUGGGUGCGGGAGCACGGCCCCGAGCACCCCCUGCACCACCUGAAAUACACCCACGACCAGCUCUUCUUCAUCGCCUUCGCCCAGAACUGGUGCAUCAAGAGGCGAUCCCAGUCCAUCUACCUGCAGGUGCUGACGGACAAACACGCCCCAGAGCACUACAGGGUCCUGGGCAGCGUCUCACAGUUCGAGGAGUUCGGCCGGGUUUUCCACUGCCCCAAGAACUCACCCAUGAACCCAGCUCGCAAGUGCUCGGUGUGGUGA